CCCAUGCCAACUUGCAUUCCUUGAGGGCCGAACCAUAGAACUUGCUGCAGCUAGCAUUGCUUCCCAAUUUCCAACAUCAAACAACCUGCAAUUUAAAGUCAAGACAAGUCUGCGAGAAAAAGAACAAUGUAGGAAGAGAUGUUCUCGAGACUCCAUUGGCAACGAACAUAAUGGACAAGAGGCAUUUGUCAACUUCCUCCAGCUCAGCAGCUUAUCCUUUGUCACAAUAGCAUUCUUCAAAAUAGGCCAUGCAAUGAAACUAUAACGAGGGAGACAGAACUUACGCCAUACGAGCUUGAACCAUGGCACCUCAGAUUAUUUUGCACACAAUGACUCCCAAACCUGACGAACAAAGUACAGUCAUCAGCUUUGCUCCCCAAUAGAGUUCACCAUAUCUUUGUUGUAUCCAUGGCCUUAGUUUAUCUCUUGUUUUGAGCAAUCUACUCCAGGUCUAGGAACUACUGUACUGAGAUUUCAGCGACCAUAAAUCACCUAAACCCAUGCAAAACCGGUUUGGUUAUGAGCUUUUUCGCCCUUUGCUUGUGCAUCCAUAUUUUCUUAUUUCCUUGUACUGAAACACACCAAAUCUCUAACGUAAAAUGGUAAUGGCUUUGUAACCAUUCCAUAGUCAAUUGGCCUUCAAACAAGCAUUAUCAAAUACGUUAUAGUCAGUUACUAACUAGCCUCCUAAACCAACACACAUGAGUAGCCAUACUCUUGUGUUGAAUAUGUAUCCAACAACCUUGACGUUGACAGCUUCCUCCCCAAGUAUCAAUACCUCUCAACAUGCCUUGUCGAUGAUUGAUGCUCACGUGAGAUUGAUGCAUAUUCCAUGCUAAGCUACGAUAACAGUACACAGGGUGAUUUAUGGUCGCUGAAAUCUCAGUACAACAGUUCCUAGACCUUGAGGAGAUUUCUCAAAACAAGAGAUAAACUAAGGCCAUGGAUACAACAAAGAGAUGGUGAACUCUAUUGGGGAGCAAAGCUGAUGACUGUGUACUCUGUUCUUGAGGUUUUGGAGUCAUUGCGUGCAAAACAAUCUGGCUUCUUUUCUUUAUGAAGCAUAGAUGCCUUUCGUGUAGUUCCCUAUUGAUGAAAGGUGACGAAUGGUAAAAGAAAAAUAAGUAGCCAAUCUUAAAGGAGUAAAGAGCUUAUAUAGCUUUAAACAAACAAAAAAACUUAUAUAGCCAAAGUUACUAGUGAAGGGAGAGAAAGUGCACAAACACAUCUAGUUGAUUAUGUCUAACCGACUAACCUAAUUAGGGAGUGGAUAGGGUUAGCAUCAUUCUAAUACAUUCAUUAAGGGUAUUAUAGUUAACCCUUCUUCUUUCCCCUUCCCUUCUCCUGCCAUUCCAUUCAUGUCACUUUUCUAUGUUCUAUUUACAAAUUGUAGUUUUGGUACUUGAACUUAAAAGGUAUUAAUAUUUAGUACCUAAAAUUAUUUUUUAUAUUUGAGUACUAAAAAUAUUUUUUUAUAUUUGAGUACUAAAAAUAUCGAUGGAAAUAACAUUUUAGUAACUUGAAUUUUUUUUUCUUACAUUUUGGUACCUAAACUUUUUCAUAUUUACAAACAGGUCCACUAUUUAAGACAUACUUUAUAAACUUGUGGCACGCUUUGUGGACUUGUGACAUGCUUUGUGAACUUGGCAUGCUUGAGGAGGUUGUGGCAUACUUUCUGGUUGUGGCAUUCUUUGGGAGGGUGCAGGGGGGGCUGGUUGGUUCCUGAUGUAAUUUGUUUGGUUCGGUUCUCUUUUUACCAUGGUUUGCCUUCCUGUUGGGUGUUCUUUCUGUUUGUCUCUCACGCGCCACGCGGUGAUCGCUCUGAAACAAUUUGCCCUUUUAGAAAAUGGAGAGGAAACCAACUUGCUUGCCUUAUCGAGUAGUGUGUCCGGUUAAAGCCUAGAGGGAGGUUGUGGACUUGUGGUCCAGUUGGGCGUGAUGCCCAAUUUUAAUGUCGGUAGUGUGUCAAUUUUGCACUCGAGUUGCUGAGAGAAAAAGCUGUUGGCUUGGGUGGGUUUAUUUCCACCAAUAGUCACGUAUUACCUUCUCGCCUGUACCUCUUCUUUUACUCAUUUGGAUUCUCUUUCUUUCUCUUUAUUUGCUCCAGUUUCUCUCUAUAAUUUCAACCUUCCUCUAUUUGCCAAUUCAUUCGUCUCCAACUGAAGUUGAUGCGAUGGUGAAGUUGAUCGAAGCUAACGGCAGAAGUGGCGAUAAAGAGAGAAUUUGACGACUAUGGCUAUUGAUAAUUAACCACAAAGUGCUCAUUUUUCUCUCAAUAAUUUUGGUGGGUAAGAAACUGGUACUGUCGUUGAAGGCUCAAUGUUAAUGUGGGUGACUGAAGUCUCGCGGCGACCAGGUUAUUGAUGGAUCAACUAAUUUUUUUUCCUUCUUCCUUUGUUUUUUGUGGAGGCGAUUUCAGCGUUAUACUUUUUAGGAAAAAAUCCCAGAAUAUUCAACUUAUUAAAGAAUUUCCUAAAUACAGUACUUAUAAACUUAUUUCCCAAAGUACAGCAGUAUCAACAUCACUGUAUUUGUUUUCGAUAGUGAUUAUAAUCACCGCUUUAGUCUAAAACGGGGAAGGUAUCACCGCUUUUGAAAACAAUGGGGAACACAUCACCGCUUUUGACAACAACGGGGAAGGUAUCACCGCUGCCGUCCAAAACGGUGAUUGCCUCACCGCUGUUGUGCAAAACAGUGAUAUUUGACCACGUUUUAGAGCCCUGGUAGGUGGAAAAUUAGGUCACAGCGACCUAGCUAUCACCGUUUUGGACAAAAGCGGUGAUGUGUUCACCGCAAUUGUCCACUACGCUGAUUAGCUGGCAUUUUUCCUUAUAAAAAACGACCCCCACUUCCCUCCUAUUGCCUUACAGCAAAUUAGUACAAAAAUUAGUGUUUUUUUGGUCGUUUUCUCAGCUGGUUUGGAGUUGGUUUACUGCUCAAGAAACUCAUCAAGAUUCGGUAUGUUAUAAUUAUGUAUUGUUUACAUGUUGAUGUAUUAGUAAUUAUAUGUCUGUAUUUAGUGAAUUGCGGUUAUUGGCAAAUAUGUUAUGAGAUAUUUAGAUUAAUUAUGAUAUGAUAGGUGUUAGUUAGUUAGUUAUGAAUUUAGAUGAAUUUGUUUAGUUUUCUCAUGAUAGAUCAAUUAGUUGCGUUUGUUUAUGGGUUUGGAUGAUAUUGUUUUUGUAUCCAUAAUGUACUAAUUAUAUACUAUACUUAAUUAUUAUAAAUUGCAGACAUGGGUAAAUUUAAGAAGUUUCGGCUUAUUAUUCGGUGGAAUGGUCGGGUGACAAACUCGAACAUUGGGAUCGACAAUGAAAAUGGCGAAUCCACUAUGCUAAAAAUUGAGUCAAGAUUCUCGUGGCAAGAACUCCAUGACAUUUGUGCAGAAAGGACUUGUACGGGCGGGCAAAGGAGAGUUGGUCAAAUUACUUACCGGUAUCCAAACAUGAGUGCUGACGGAAUCAUGUACGAAAAAGUAGUCAUAAAUGAUGAUGACGCGGUGAACAUGAUGAUACAGUUCCUAUCUGACAACGGGGUGCGGCUUGUAGAGGUGUAUGUUGAGACCGAGCCGGUCGGUGAAACUCAUUCUCACCAGUAUUCUUGUGAUGAUGGUUUUGCAGGAGGGUAUGGCUGGGGUUGUAGUUCAAGUAACUUCGGAGGAGGUACUUCUGCAGGAGGGUAUGGCUGGGGUGGUACUUCAAGCAACUACGGAGGAGGUAGUUCUAAAGGAGGUGUUGGGUGGGAAGAAUACCCGCAACAUGCUGAGACUGUCGUCAAUAUUGUUCAGCCCGACGGUGAUCAAUGGCCUGCUUGGGGUCCAGAGUGGGCUGACAUUGAGAACACCCUUCGAUCUGGGCGUACUUCACAUGACCAAGAAGACGAUGUUGGUUAUGCUGGUAACGAUGAACAUCCUGAGUAGAGCUAUCCAUUCACCUCCAGUGACGAUGAAAGUGAGGAAGAUUUGAGAUCAGUCGGUGAGGAUGGCAACAUCUUUGAGGGUGAUCGUCAUUUCACCCUCGGGAAAGUGGAAGGUAUGCAGCUCCGGGCGCCAUCGCUCUGCCAUUGCCGUCAGCAAAUCGUUGUCAAUAUCAAGCCUCAUGAAGUGCCUCAGCAUGUGCAAUUCCGUCCUCUCUAGAUAGGGCGCCAGUCGAGCAUGCCAACGGGGCAAUCGACAUGUCCCUCAAUGACUGAUGGGAAUAAGUGAUUCCUACAAAACGAAAAACACAAUGUUGUCAGUCAAUAGAAAGCAAAAUAAAAAAUUUAAAACUAAUGAAAUAAUUUUAGUGUCUACCGGAUUAUUGUUCCAAAUUUCACGGGAGCGAUGUUGAUCUUGCUCGGUUAAAUACCUUCGAUCCCUUGGGCCAGGAUCGAUAUACAAUCAAGGGUCGUAUAUCUCAGCACCCAUCUAUAAAAAAAUAUGAAAUCAAAUCAAUUUAUAUUUUAGCACCCAUUUAAAAAAAUCACAAAAGAAUAAAAUAAAUUUACGUACUCUCAGAGCCUCUUCGUCCAUUUUUUGCCGAAAAACUAGAGAGAGUAUCGACAAAACAAAAACUCUAGUAAUUCUUUCUCAUUGUUUUCCUCCUUUUCUCAUAUCUGCGAGGGCGACGACGGGAGAAUAAGGGUCCAAUUAACCCAUAUUCCCGCUGGUGAUCCUGGUAGGAUGUAGGAGGAAUCGGGGUCGUACUUUAAUUUUAUUUUACAGGCAUCCAUAUUUUCUUCACUUUCCUCGGUCUACUCCUCUCUUCUCACUUCAGAUCUCUUGAUGCAAGCAAAGGAAUCAUCGGUGAAAGCUAGAUCAGUGGAGGAUCUCCAACAAGUGAGAGUUAUUCCAUUAUCUCAUAAACUGUUACUACCUUUCUGGACAUCGGAUAUAGGAUGGACUGUAUCAUCUUUGCCGACAAGAAGCUGUGGAGGAUGGGUUGGAGGAGUCGAGGAGGGCAGGUCUGCAGAUUUACAUGUUAGGUUGAGGUAAGUGUUCUGUCUGUUGAGUUUUUUGUCAUGUUCUUAUGUAGAUAUUUUCUCUUUUCAUUCUGUGAGAGAUAUUGGCCGCGAUUUUGUUGUAAUAGGCAGUGGCCUUAUGUGUACAGUAUACUAGGGGAUUGUUUGGAGUUCCAGAUAGAUAAGUGCUGGAUUGUGGGAGAUGAAGGCAUGCUUUGGAGAAGGGGCAUAUUCUAGGUUUGUAGCCUUUGCAUGUUCUGUUUAAGUUUUAGAUGUUUGUAUCUCUCAUUUCAUACGCGCUUAAUCCUCCUUUCUUUCUCCAUAAGCAAAUCUCACCAGGAAUUCACGACCAUCUCCCACUGUCUGGAUCCCUGCAACUGGCCUUUUGGACGACAGGGAAAGUGGUUACGUUUUGAAUGAGAAGUAGCACACAAAGGAGAGCCAUUUAGAUUUAUGUUGAUUUUUGGUGUGGGACUAUCACAAAAAAUCAGAGGGACAAUGCACUUCCGCCAGCACCAAAUGAAUCUCUUCCGCCAGCACCAUGUAUAUGUACUCUAGCCUGUAACUUGAAAUUUGAAUACCUAAAAAAGACCUAAUGUUCUUGGACUCAGGAGUUGACAGCUCUAUUAUAUUCUUGCCAUGUUCUUUAUUCAAAUAUUACAUAUAUGAAGAUUGACCACACAAAUGAAAAGCAACGGAGGGUAAUAGUCUCAUCCAAUUUACCUGUAUGAGUUCAUCAAUCCAUUUUACUUAUCCAUUAGCUCAAUACAUUUGACAAUCUCUAACCAUAAAUCCCGACGUGGAGAGUGGCCAAUGAAGACUAGUACUAAAA